CUUCCAAACUACUCUAAUUUCAAAGGUCUCUCUCUCUCUCUCUCUCUCUCUCUUGCUCGCUCGCUCUCCGUCACCCUCUCUCUCUCUCCUUUUUUAUUUUUUUGUAAUUUUUCAUCAAUUAUUCUCGUUUUAUAUUAGGUGUUGUGAUGAGGCAAAGGAUCAAGAUGCAGCAGUAACUAAUUUGGGGAAAACAAUUUUCAUAUUCUUCUGUGUUCUGUGUUGUUGAUUCUUGAUUUUGAUGUUAACAAGUUAGAACGAACACAUUGGUUGAAUUUGAUUGAUUUAUGGCUUGUGAGUGUAAGGGAAAGCUAAAUGUGAGAAAACCUCAGUUCUAUCAGGUCUUUUCCCCUUCUUCUACCUCUCAAUCUCUGAGAAUUCCAGAUGGCUUUGUCCAUCAAAUGGAGGGCACCACUUGCGGAUUAGUUUCAUUAACUGGUCCUAGUGGAAAUAAUUGGCAAGUUCGAUUAGUUGAGCAGGACAAUUAUCUAUUCUUCCAUCAUGGAUGGUCAACAUUUGUGGGAGAUCAUCAUUUAGAAUAUGGCGACCUUUUGGUUUUCCGAUACGAGGGUCACCUACAUUUCACUGUGCAAGUAUUUGGUGAGAAUGCAUGUGAGAAAGAAGCAGCAUUUCAUACUGAAUGCAAUCUAAAUUCAAUCAACUUCGAUAAUAUUGAAGGACAGAAAAGUGACGCUAAGGAGACUUCUUCUUUGGAUGUUGUUAGUGAUCAGCAGGGUAUUGCCGGUAGAGAUCUAUCUAAGUAUGAGGUAGUUAAGCCAAUUAGUAUGAUCAGAGAAAGAGAAGAAACCUACAAAGAAUGUUCAACUAGUGCUGUUCCUGUUCCUUUUCACACAGUGAACAGUAAUGAAGAUCAAGCUUCGCUGUCAAUGCUAUCAGCACAUGAUGAGAAAAAGAUAGCCCAGUCAUUUACCUCCUCUUUUCCAUAUUUUGUUAAAAUAAUGAAAACCUUCAAUGUCAGUGGUUCAUAUACUCUGAAUAUACCAUAUCAAUUUUCGACAUCACAUCUUCCAAACUGCAAGAUAAAGAUUAUUCUUCAUAAUUUGAAGGGAGAACACUGGACUGUUAAUUCUGUUCCAACAACUAGAGUGCACACAAGUCACACUCUAUGUGGAGGAUGGAUGGCUUUUGUUCGUGGCAAUAGCAUAAAGGUUGGAGAUGUCUGUAUUUUCGAACUUAUACAUGAGUAUGAAUUACGUGUUCGCAUCGCUGAGGUUGGAAAAGAUGGGCUAGACUCCCAGGUUGGAAAACUAGCUUAUAGUAUGCUUACUGCAAGACAUGAUGUCGCUUGCCACAAGACUUCUAGAUAUAUGUCAAAGAGUCCUAAAGUCAGCUCAAAGUGCAGAAGCAAAGUUGAUCAAUCAGAUAAGUUGUCAAAGAUUGGUCAAGACGCUGUUUUAUCCAUUGACUUAAAGAAGUCCGGUAGAGCUUCAAAUACUUCAAAGAAAAUGGGGCUUAGCCCCAAGUCGAAAGCUGUCCAUAAAAAGCUGGCUGUACCGAGGAAACAUCGUGUUGAAGAUGAACUAAGCUCCCAGGCUAAAGCUGGUUUGAGAAUGUUGUUCGCACUCGACGAGCAAAGAGUAGCUGAAGCUUUUAGUUCCCCAUUUCCUAAUUUUGUGAAAAUCAUGAAGAAGUUCAAUGUCAGUGGAUCAUACACUUUGAAAAUCCCAUAUCAGUUCUCUGCUGCACAUCUCCCCGCCUACAAAACAGAAGUUACACUUCGCAAUUCAAGAGGCGAAUGUUGGACUGUGAACUCUGUCCCAGACGCUAAAGGGAGAACAAUUCACACCUUUUGUGGGGGAUGGAUGGCCUUUGUUCGUGAUAAUGACAUCAAUUUUGGCGACACAUGCAUUUUUGAGAUGGUUUCUCAUUAUGUGAUGCAUGUUUAUAUAUCCGGGGUUGGAAAGGAAGGUCUUGACAAUCAAAAUGGGCAUGUGAAAGUUAUAGCUAACUAGUGUUCCAUCUACAUGCUAACGUUAUUGUUUGUGAGACAGAUAAAUCAAUCUUCAAUGAAGAUUUUUUGUGGUAGGAGUUGCGAAAGACUUAUGCAUUUUAUGCAUGUUAGCAAAUUCAUGCUGUCUCGUAUAUGUUUUACAUGACUCCAUGUAUCAUCAGUAAUCAAGAUCAUAGAAUGUAUUAAUCAUCUAUUUAGCCACUGCUUUUUAGGUCGUACUAUAUGAUAUAUCACUGUGAAUUUGUGAUUUUCUAUACAUUCAGUAGGCUCGUAAAAUGUUCGUCUGGUAGAGGUAAAACUACACUUUGAUUUUUGGUUCA